ACAAUGAAAAAUAGGACUAUGUGGACUGAAUUCAUCCUGCUGGGCCUAACAGACGUCCCUGCACUCCAGGCGGCAGUUUUCACCUUUCUGUUCCUCACCUAUUGUCUCAGCAUCAUCGGAAAUCUGACUAUCCUCAUCCUCACCUUACUCGACUCCCACCUACAGACCCCUAUGUACUUCUUUCUCCGGAACUUCUCCUUCUUAGAAAUUUCCUUCACGAGCAUCUUCAUCCCCAGGGCCCUGAUCAGCAUCACUACGGGGAACAAGAGCAUCAGCUUUGCUGGCUGCUUCGCCCAGUAUUUCUUUGCCAUCUUCCUUGGGGCAACAGAGUUUUAUCUUCUAGCAGCCAUGUCUUAUGAUCGUUAUGUAGCCAUCUGCAAACCCCUGCAUUACAUGACCAUGAUGAGCGGUAGAGUCUGCAUUCAGCUGGUUCUCUGCUCGUGGCUGGCUGGGUUAAUGGUUAUUAUACCACCUAUCACCCUAAUGAGCCACCAGGACUUUUGUGCAUCCAACAGGUUGAAUCAUUAUUUCUGUGACUUUGAGCCCCUUCGGGAUCUCUCCUGUUCAGACACAAGACUCGUCGAGAAGGUUGUCUUUCUUGUAGCAUCUGUGACUCUGGUGGUCACUCUCGUGCUAGUGAUUAUCUCCUACACACUCAUCAUCAGGACCAUUUUCAAGCUCCCAUCUGCCCAGCAAAGGACAAAAGCCUUUUCCACUUGUUCUUCUCACAUGAUCGUCAUCUCCCUGUCUUAUGGAAGCUGCUUUUUCAUUUAUGUUAAACCCCCCACAAAAGAAGGGGGCACAUUCAACAAGGGAGUAGCUCUACUCAUUACCUCCAUUGCCCCUUUGUUGAACCCUUUCAUUUAUACACUGAGGAACCAGCAGGUAAAACAAGCCUUCAAGGAUGCCAUCAAAAAAUUUGUGAAUCUUUAA